AUGGUUACAAAAAAAUAUAAUUAAUCCAAUCAGAAUGACCUUUAAUUUUUAUUAUGUAUUUGAUUUAUCAUUAAGUUAGAUGACCAAAUAAUUAUUUAACCACCUCAAGAUCCUGAAAUAAACCAUUGUUUCAUUUAAAAAAAGUCUAGAGUUUUGAUACUAUUUAAGUUCAGCACACUAUUUUAGUUUAGCACCAAUACCUUAUUCUACAAUAGGUAAAUAAUUAUUGAAGGUUUAUUAGCUGGCGCAUUUUUUUAUUUUAUUUCAUUAACAAUUAUAGUUUAAUUACACCGUGAAGAAGAUGCAAUUGAAUAUUCUGAUAUGUAACUUAAGAUCAACCCAAGAGGCAAUAUAGCUCUUGGCAAUAAGGGUAUCACUAAAUUCAAUGAUUAAGGAGUUGCAUUAUUUCAUUUAAAUAGGUUAGAAGAAGCUGUUGAGUUUUUUGACUAGGCCCUUUCUAUAUCAUAGAAUAAUCCUAUUAUAAAUUUACUAUUGAGUAUACUUAAUUUUGAAUAAUCAUUUAGGAACUGCAUUAUCGUAAAAUAUAAUUUAUAUCCCGAUAUUCAAUCUAGGAAGAAGAAUCUAUUGAAUAUUUUGAUAUGGUCAUCGAUAACAAUCCAAAAUUUUUUGAUGCUUAUUUGAGAAAAAGUAGGUUUAAUCUAACUUAAUAACUUAAGGAAUGUCAUUUUAUCAUAUUUUGAUUGAUCAAAUCCUAUAUUUAAUCUAUACAGAUAUGUAGAGGGCAUUGAGACUUUUGACUAAUUAAUUUAAUUAAAGCCAAAUAAUUAUUAAGCAUUUUAUCAAAAAGGUAAAUGUGAAAUGCUACAAUUUUAGGAAGAUCUCUAAUUAAUUCAGGUAGAUUUGAGGAGGCAAUUGUAUCUUUAAACUAAGCCCUUAACUUCAAUUCAUAUGUAUUUUCAUUUGGAAAUCUAGGGGUAUAUUAAAUUUGACUAAAAAAUUAGGAAGAUUGCUAUUGAAAAUGAAUAGAUUCGAAGAGGCUAUUCUAUGAUUUAAAACUUCAUUCUAAUUAAACCUAAAAUGAUAAUCUAGCUAUUGAAAAGAUUGGUAAAAUUUAUAAUCUUAAAUUUUAGGAGUUACAUUAGAGAGUUUAAAUAGAAUUGACGAAGCAAUCGCUUUUAUUUUUUAAGCUGUAAUAAAUAAUCCGCAAUCUCAUGUUGCAAUAUUUUAAAUGUGUAGAUUUUUAAUCUUAUAAUUAAAGCAAAAACUUUAUUAAACGAGUAAUAUUUAUCAAUAUAUUAAAAAUCGGGAGCUUUGAAGAAGGCUUAAAAUUUUCACAAUAAGCCUUAAGUAUAUAACCUCAGAAUCAAUAAUAUUUACUGCUUUAUUGUAAUUAUUUAUAUAACUUAGGCAAAGGUGUUUAUUUUUAAUAACAAAAUCUUUGUUAUAUUUAUGUAAUAAUUGUGAAAAAUAUCUUUGGAAUAAAAUUAAUGAAGGGAAUUCUAUAUAUUAGAAAAUAUUAUAAUACAAAAAAACAAAUAUUUCUAUUAAAUUAUCAUUGUUACAUCUUUAAAGAAAUGGCUAUAAAAAAAUUAUGA